UCGCAGUAAAAAAUUAAACAAAAAUAAACUCAUAUUGGGUUUGUAAAUCUCGGUUUACAGUUUUUAUUGCAUUCACAGAAACUUUGCUAACCGCCAUCAAUGCUUCCCCCUGUGAAACUAGCACAGACCAAACCAGUCUUCCACCAGUUUCCGCCAAACCCAAGAUUUUCUUUGCUACUCGAUUGCAGGUUUCAUUUGAGGUGUAUCUGUGUGGGAUUUUGAAAUGAGAGUUCAUCUGCAGCAAAAGGGCUAUGCAGCUUCCGCUUCUUUGGUCCUAUUUAUUUCACCUAUAUUGAUUCAGUGAUUUGAGGUAUCAGGAGCUGGGUACAGUGUAGUGAAGACAACCAUACAUGUGCGGCUGUGUGUCGUUUUGCAAUCUCCAGCCAAAAACUGUUAUGAUCACUCCUUUUUCCAUGGGCGUCAGAAAAGUGUGAAAAUCACUACAGGGCUUUUAUCAGGGAGAGAGAAUCGAUAUCUUGCUUUCAGGGCCAAAAAGGGUAUCUGGCAAUCUCAACAUUGUUGCCGAUUUUGGAAGCAUUGGUGCUUGUUUUCACUUGCUGAAGUGACUGAAAGCUGAGCUCUAAUGGGUUUGGUCUGGGUUUGAUUCUGCAGGAUUAGUUGAAUUGGUAUUAAGGGUCUUUUCCAAUUGGGUCUUUGGCUACUGCUAGGAGGCUAGAGGAGAAGAGUUGGCAUGUCUGCUAGUGUAUGCCGGAGAAUCUAGCACUGUGGAAGGAAACUAGUUUUGGAAAUGUGCUCUUGUCUUGUUUUUGUGGUUAUGGGAAUUAUUGAGGGCAGCAUUUGAUUAACUGAGGGUUUUGAGCAAGGUGGCCAGACAAAAUUUAGUUUGCUAACUUUGCAAUGAGUCGAGAGCAGAAGAGAGUGAAGCAGGAGAAAGGCUCGAAUGACGCCGAGAAGGUUGUGGUUGCGGUUAAGGCGUCGAAGGAGAUUCCCAAGACUGCUCUGGUUUGGGCAUUGACUCAUGUUGUUCAACCUGGAGAUUGCAUUACAUUGCUUGUGGUUGUCCCAUCUCAAAGUUCAGGUAGAAAAUGGGGUUUCCCAAGAUUCGCGGGGGACUGUGCGAGUAUAAACAAGAAGUCUCUGCCAGGAACUACCUCAGAGCUGAAGGGUGAUAUCUCAGAUUCGUGCUCUCAGAUGAUCCUUCAACUUCAUGAAGUUUAUGAUCCAAAUAAGAUAAAUGUCAAGAUAAAGAUUAUUUCUGGAUCACCUUCGGGGUCUGUGGCUGUAGAGGCCAAGAGAGCUCAGGCUAGUUGGGUUGUGUUAGACAAACACCUUAAACCUGAAGAAAAACGGUGCAUGGAGGAGCUGCAAUGUAAUAUUGUGGUUAUGAAGCGUUCCCAGCCGAAAGUUCUUCGCUUGAAUUUGAAUGGUUCACCUAAGAAGGAUGCUGAGUCAGGCUGUCAGGUAUCUUCUGAGCUUGAAGGAUCAGAAAAACAUUCCAAAAAGCAGAAUAAUUCUUUAAGUUCCUUACAUGGACCGGAUGUGACUCCAACUAGUAGUCCAGAGCUAGGGACAUCAUUUACAGCUACUGAGGCAGGAACUUCAUCAGUGUCAAGUUCAGAUCCAGGAACAUCACCUUUUUUCAUUUCUGGAAUUAAUGGAGAUAAAAAGAAAGAGGAAUCAUUGGUUGAUAAGGAUAACCAGGUCCUUGAUGACAGCAGUUCGGAUACAGAUAGUGAGUGUUUAUCUGGAUCUUCAGGAAGUAGGAGGUUUCAGCCGUGGGUAGCUGAGUUUCUAAAUUCUCAUCACCAAUCCUCACAACACACAGAAAGUUCACAUAGAACUAAUGAUAAUCCAAAAGCACCUAGUACCAAAGCUUUGCUUGAGAAAAUAUCAAAACUUGAAAGAGAUGCUGAAAUUGGAAUGUCGAAUUAUAGAAGUGACAUGGACUUCAGUGGAAAUCUGAGAGAGGCAAUAUCACUGUCUAGAAAUGCACCUCCUGGCCCUCCUCCAUUGUGCUCGAUAUGCCAACACAAGGCACCUGUGUUCGGGAAACCUCCACGAUGGUUCAGCUAUGCAGAGUUGGAGCUUGCUACUGGGGGAUUUUCACAGGCCAACUUUCUGGCUGAAGGAGGGUUUGGUUCUGUUCACAGAGGGGUGCUACCAGAUGGCCAGGCUGUUGCUGUCAAGCAACACAAAUUGGCUAGUUCUCAAGGGGAUCAAGAGUUCUGUUCGGAAGUUGAAGUCCUGAGCUGUGCUCAACACCGAAAUGUUGUCAUGUUGAUUGGCUUCUGCAUUGAGGACAAAAGAAGAUUGCUGGUUUAUGAAUACAUAUGCAAUGGAUCAUUGGAUUCUCAUUUAUAUAGACGAAAUCGUGAGCCUUUAGAAUGGUCUGCACGGCAAAAAAUUGCUGUGGGAGCUGCUCGGGGUCUGCGUUACCUUCAUGAAGAAUGCAGAGUCGGUUGCAUUGUGCACCGUGACAUGCGGCCCAACAACAUUCUCAUCACUCAUGAUUUUGAGCCACUGGUUGGGGAUUUUGGUCUUGCAAGGUGGCAACCUGAUGGAGACCUGGGUGUGGACACUAGAGUAAUUGGAACAUUCGGAUAUCUGGCACCUGAAUAUGCUCAAAGUGGUCAAAUCACAGAAAAAGCUGAUGUGUAUUCUUUUGGAGUGGUGUUGGUGGAACUUGUUACGGGGCGAAAAGCAGUGGACCUCAACCGGCCAAAAGGGCAGCAAUGUCUCACUGAAUGGGCACGCCCACUGUUAGAAGAAUACGCCAUUGAUGAACUGGUUGACCCUAGCCUGGAAAGCUUUUCAGAACAUGAGGUUUAUUGCAUGCUGCAAGCUGCCUCUCUAUGCAUAAGGCGUGAUCCUCAAACUAGGCCUCGCAUGUCACAGGUUCUGCGUAUACUAGAAGGCGACAUGGUAAUGGACUCAAAUUACAUGCCAACACCUGGGUAUGAUGUUGGAUGCCGGAGUGGUAGGAUUUGGUCGGAGCACCAGCAGAAGGAACAUUAUAGUGGACCCCUGGAUGAAGCAUUGGACGGUUAUGGAAAGCUCUCUCUCGAAAAUUCAAGGCCAGCUUUCUGGGAGAGGGAUAAGGCGAGGACUUCUUCAUGUGAAAACCAUUUGUAAAGCGCUCACCCCUUUUAGAAUUUUACAUACAAGGUAGACACUGAUUAUUUAUGCGCUCCUUUUUUGUAAUGA